AUUUCUUUCUCGAGUUCCCAACAUGGCAGACAAAACAGUAACGGCGACAAAGAAGACAGCCGCUGAACUCGACGAGGAAAUCGAUGAAUUCAUGAAAGAGAGGUCCAGUGGUAAAAAGCGUGUCAUCACUUUCACAGAAGAAAAUUGGGAAGAGGUAUGAUUGUUGAUAUGCAUGAAAACUUGCCGAACUAACUCACACGUGUUCACUCAGCUCGGUAUUGUGUACCGAUGGUUUUCUACGAUCGAAUCAUGGAAAUCGAGGAACCAAAGAUAACAUGCAAGUUUGAUUUUUUGUGAUAUCAGGCAGAUACUCUCAGAAAUGAACGCUUUCAGGCUCUGGAAACUAUUCCUCCAGAGUGAGAGAUCAAUCCUCGUCGGGCAUGAAUGUCCGAUACACAUGUAGUGGUCAGCUGUUAGCCAGCCGCAGGUUGGAGUGGUGGGGAAGACAUCAGCAUACAUAUUAAUGACAUCAUCAGAUGAUACAAGAAAAUCUAUCACGUUUCUUUUAACCGUUCCACUCCCAAGAUCAGACUAGUAAUUCUCCCCACUGACUGAUGUUCAUUUCAUUGUUACACGUACAGUAAUUAGGCAGGAGAAUUUGGUCUUAUUCCAAAGUAACGCCUUAGAGCUGAUAAGCUUGUCUGUUCUCGUAACCAGUUAACAAGAUAACUUAUUAGAAUUGUAAGGAGAAGUUACAUUUUGAUCACUUGUGGGAGUCAAAGGGGUUAACCUUUUCAGUCUCAGGAAUGACCCACAAGGAAUUUCUCCUUGCAAUGUCAGUACAGUUUCAGACAAAAAGAUUGUGAGAAGACAGAAUAAUGAGAGUGAAGAAAUUUCACAUCAAUUUAUUUUCAAAACCAAAAUCAUAGGCAGUGUACGGGAGAUGAUGCAGUCCCCAAUAUUCUCAAAUAUUGCGAGACUCACUCUCUGUCUUGUUUUAGGAAUUUGAGAAAACACCUGCUUUUAUGACAAAAACUCCUACACAGGAAGAAAUAGAUAACAACCCCGCCUUAGCAGCCCUUCAAGCUAUGAAAUAUGAAGAUGAGGAUCCUGUAGGUAAGCAUGAAGUAUUUAUUAAAUAAUGAUGUACUUGGAAAUAUCAUGUGCAUCUGAAUGGUAAAAAAUGAGUGCAUUUUUCAUGUAAUUUGAGUGCAAAAUUGUAACACAAGUGCAAAGUUGUAACAUUGGUGCAAAUUACAAAUAGCACACAUGUUGCAAAAAUGUAGUCCGUCUUGACUUUCUGUGAUUCAUUUUUCAUGUAAAUUAUGAACAAUUAGCAACUUGAUUUUUGUGCAAUUUGGUGUAAAAAUCAAUAAGCACUUAAAUUUUUCAAAGACUACCUAAUGCAUUUGCCCUUACAUGCUCAUGUAAUUUUGUUGUCUUUGAAAAAUUACUUGAUUGUACUUAUUAAAACCAAAUUGCACUGGUAAUCAUGUUGUUACCUAUAUGAAUUAGGUUUAAAAAAAGGAAACCUAAAAUUUGGCAAAAUAAUUUUAAUGCAAGUUUAUUCUUGACCAUGUAGCAAGUUUGAAACAAAGGACAAUGAAAUUUUAACUGAGAAUAAAUCUGAACCACUCUUAUUUCACUUGUUGACUCUUUUAAUCCCAAGCUAACCCUUCACACCCUAACAUAAGUAUCCAUAUUCUCCUUACUCUUCUCUUUGUAUUUCCCUUGGUACUGACAAGGAGAAUCUGUUUAACAAUCAAAGCUUCCUAGGUUGACGAUCAUUUCCUUUAUUCUCAUAAUCUUAAUGAAUAAUUCAGCAGUAUGACUGCUAGGAGAAAUUAGAUGCUGGUCACUCUUAGGGUGCAAAGGGGUAAGCCCAUGAGUUUUUGCAUCCCAAAAUAUCAAUUAAUGUUCAAGCAGAAUCGUGCUAAGAAGAAAGAGAGAUAUAAACCACCUGGGGCAUACAUACUGUAUGAUUUAGCACUUGGUUCUGAGAGCUGAAAAAUUAUCAGGAAUGUAUUUUAAAAACAGCGAAAAGAAUUAAUGAUCUUAAGAGUUAGCCCUUUAACUCCCAUGAAUGACUAAGGGAGAAUUUCUCCCCACAUUAUCAAGCAGACAAGUGAUGAGGUUACAGAAAUAUAUGAAUUAGGGGAUUAUUAUUUCAUUGAUAAAAUACCAAAUUCUCCAAACAAACAUAAUAAAAAUUGUAUGGUAGACAGUAAGGAGAAUUACCAAUUGAGAUCUUGGGAGUAAAGGGUAUUAGUUCAAGAGUGCAUGACACAGAGUUAAUAUGAGUUUUAUUUACAGCAAGAGCAGAAUCAUACAAAGAAGAUGGUAACUAUGAGUACAACAGAAAAAAAUUCAAGGAAGCGAUUGCUGCAUAUACUGAGGGAAUCAAGGUGAAAUGUGAUGAUGCUCAUCUCAAUGCCAUCCUCUACACAAACAGAGCAACAGCACAAAUAUAUCUGGGUUAGUAUUGAUAUGCCUACAAUUGUUGCCAGCAAAUUGAAACAGACCUUUUGCUAAUGGUACUAGAUGUAACAUUUUGUGCAGGGAAUUUCAAAUACCUGUCUUUAAUUGGAAACUGUUGGAAUUAAAGUCUCUUAUAUCUGGCCAGUGAAUAAAUUGCUCUCCAUUGUUGUUUUUUUUUGGUCAACACUUAUUUAUCAAAUAGCAAUAUUACAGUUAGAUAGCAUACAUUGCACAAGAGGUCCCUAAUGAAAUCCUAUCAGCAGCAAAAUUUUAUGUUUGAACACUGAGUUAAAUGGAGACUCACUAAUUGAAGAAGAAAAGAGGCUUUCUAGAGACAAUAACAUUUAUUUGUUGAUUAAAAGGACUAUAGUAAUUGGUAUAUACUAAACCAGUGAAUAGUGUUGAUGGCAUGCUCUGAUUAGUUACUCAAACUCUGAAUAUCUUUUGCUAUUUACCUCCAAGCAAAGGGUAUUGAUUUCCACUAGAAAAUAUUGUAAUUGUUGCAGGAAUGAAUUAGUUAAAGUCAUCUUUUUGCACUCAAUUAUCUCACACUGUUUUAGUACAUACUAAAACAACCAUUCACCUCAGUGUUGAUGGCCAGUGGUAGAUAUUUAUCUCACUGCUUUGUUGCUUCGUAAGCAUUCACCACUAACCACCACUACUUUGGUGAAUAGUUGUUAAUAAUAAUAAUAAUAAUAAUAAUAAUGAUAAAAUGAUGGUAAUAUUGAUGAUAAUAUUAAUAAUGAUGAUGACAACACUAACAAUUGUAAUGAUUUAUAUAUAAAUCGUCAUUUCUAUAAAAAACACUUUUUGUGAGCAUUGUCCAUAUUUCUUCAUUUUGUAGGUUUUUUAAGCUCACUAGAACACAAGGACUGAAGGUUUUUGCAAAUAAAUAAGUCUAAAGAAUGAAUGCCACAUCUCCACACAAGAUUAAAGCUGGAGUCCUUAAUUUCUUUUGACAGGAAAUAAUCGUAGUGCCCUCAAUGAUGCCACAGCUGCAAGGAAGCUAGAACCAACUUACAUGAAGGCUUUAAUUAGAGGUAAGUACAUAGGUGUACAUGCGCAUGUAGUGGCUCCAAAAUUUUUCAAACUAGUUUGAUUUUUUUUCCUUUAUCUUGAAAUAACCUUUAAACUCUCAGAAGUGACUUAGAUUUAACCUCUCCUUAUAACAUUCAUACAUUAUCCAGCAAACAGGUAACGAAAAUACUCAAACUUAUCAGGUAGGAAUUUUUUCUUGAUCUUACACUUAAUUCUUGUAACUAAUUUACAAGGAAAUGUGUACCAACUAGAGGGGAGAAUUGACAAUCAAAUCUUACAAGGACCUGAAGGGUUAACAAAGGGAAAUAAAAUUGAGCAGCAUGUUUAAAUAUUUAGUUGCUUCAUUCUACAGAAACAGGUUUAUUAAGCUUUGGCCAGGUAAUCCACUUGGAUUUAAUACUGACAUAAUGUGUCACUUACUUUGUAGGUGCCUCUGCUUGUGUGGAGCUUCAAAAAUUUGAAGAUGCUGUAAAAUGGUGUGAUGAGGGAUUAGCUGUAUCCUUUUACAUCUUUUUAACACUUAUUAGCUGCUAUUUCUUUGACAGCAUGCCCAAGUUUUUCAUCUCAUAGAGCCUGUUAGAAGGCCUUCAUCAUGAGCCCUUUGGCACUACAGGAGCCCUUGGAGCCUGUGAGAAGGCCUUCACUAUGAGCCCUUUGGCACCACAGAAGCUCCUGGAGCCUGUGAGAAGGCCUUCAUUAAGAGCCCUUUGGCACCAUUGUGUCUUCGCCCACAGGAAAAUAAUGGAGGCCUUAAGCAACAGAAGCCAUAAAGAGGUCUGCAAAUGGUCUGGUGCUGAUAAUGACCAGACUGUAGAAAAUCUUUUGCUUUUAAAUUCCAAGUAAUAAUUUUUCUCUUCCUCUCUCCCUUUCAUAAUUAUUCUUUUUGUAUUCAUGCGUGGCUCGCCUGAUUUCACAAAUUAGCCAAUCAUGUCAAAGAACUCAAACUUUUACUUUGGAAAACUAAUGUGGACAUUUUUUGCAUACUUUAAGUUUGUUUUCGCAGAGUUUUAGAUGGUUGUUUUUGAGCUUUCAUUCAUGUGAAUUUGUUACUCCUUUGUUUGCAAUUUUAAGAAGCUUCAGAGUUUUUAUUUCAGCUAAAUGUUGUGGUUCAUUUAACAAGUUUAAUUCAUAUUUCCUAUGGAGUUUGGGCUCUAGCUGCUUUUUGGUAAAUGGAUUUUUUACACAGACCAUGGAAAACCUUUCCCUGAUAACUAGACUAGUUAUUACAGACUAUUUGAAUUCCUGAUGCAUCUGCUAGUACAAUUAUCUUUGACUUUAAUAAGAUUGAAGCUCAAAACCAAAGGCUUUUGGAUUUAAGGAAAAAGGCUGUUGCAGAACAGAAAAGGGUGCUGAGAGAUCAACGAAAAGCAGCGUUAAAUGAAAAGAAAGAAAGAUCUGAAGCAGAAGCUUUGAAAUCAGCUGUUAAGGUGUCUUGUUCAACCUAUUAGUGGUAGGAGAUAGGAUUUUUUUUGUUGAGUUUGAGUGUUCUCAUCACUUGUUUGCUGGAUGAUGUAUCAAUAUUAUAGGGAGAAGUUAUUUGUUAAUCACUUAAAGAAGUUAAGUACAUGUAAUGUAACUCAUUAGGAAACACUAAAGGUUUUAAUUUUAGAGAAUUUGGUUGAUUGAUUGAUUUUUUCGUUUAUUCUUAUCACUUGUCUGCUUGAUGUUGUAUUAAUAUUGGGAAGAGAAAUUGUCUUGGCAACUUCUGAGAGUUAAAGGGUUGAAUUGACUUUUUUUCCUAGGCCCGAGGAGUCACUUUGGAACAUGAGGAUGACCUGUUGAGGCCCAUGACGGAUGGGGGACUGGACAUCAAGGUCUCUUUGGACAGUAGUGGUGUACUUCACUGGCCAGUCAUGUUUGUUUAUCCUGAGUUUGAGGAGACCGACCUGAUAUCUUCAUUUAAUGAGAAUGACAGGUGAGUGUUGCAUAGGGUAAUUUAGAAUUAUCAACUGAGUUGAUAACGUAAAUUGACCACCGUUAAGAGUUAUAAAGCUCACGUUUCGAGCGUUAGCCCUUCGUCAGAGCCAUUGACGAAGGGCUAACGCUCGAAAAUGAAGAGAAAAAUACUUCACAAAACAAAAUUGAUUAUAAGAGCAAUUUACAAUCGAGUAUCAAAGGCAAAUAUUGUCUGUGCUUUACCUCGCUCUUAGAUUGAUGUAGACAUAAAACGAAUACCGAUCGUGGCUUGGUCAUCCGCGUUUUCCCGCGCUUUUAGCCGUUUGCCUGUUUUAAUUAUGAGUUCUGAUUGGCUAACGAUGAUGUUUUUCUUCGUUACAAUUGGACGUACUGAUUUGGUUUUGGUUUAUCAACAGUCAAUUGAAAACUGCUCUAAUUCGCAUUUUGUUCUGGAAUGAUCAUAUGGCCUUUUUAUCUAAAUCAAGUAAUCUUCUGUUUAUUAAACAUUUGUCAGUGUUGUUGAUUACAGUGGUCGUUUCGUUUUUGUAGAAUGGCAGAUCAUCUGUGUGCCAUGUUUGACCAAGAAUCUCCUCCCUGGGACAAAGAAAGGAAGUACACUCUUGCAAAUAUCGAGGUAAAUUUAUGAGAACAGCACACCUCUUACUAACCGAGUUUGAGGUCCGAGCUGUAAGUUAUGAACCGAAUUUUUUCCCGUCAAAGGGUGCGUUCCUUAAAUCUGAGCAAAAAAAAAAAGAAAACGAGGCUCCGUAACUUGUAUACGGAUCAAGGAAACGAAUUUAUUUUGGUUUAAAUAGAGAGGGAAGAUGUCAAUUCAAACAAACUUUUAAAUUUAGCAGGCCGCAUAGUGAAAUACAGCACGUAAAAUUGACCAGUCCUUGCGCCCCCAUUUAAAGAGAAAUUUAAUAUAUGUAUUUAGUAUACGCCACACUGGCUAUGUGGCUAACCGUGACUAGUCGGUUGUUGGGAAGUGCGCCCGCACUCCUCUUCCCUUUGGUGACGCCGUUCAUUCCGAGAAAAACAGUUCUGCUUGCAUCAGGCUUUCUGCAAAGCCUUAAUUUUUCAUGGAGUUACUUUGCAAAAAUUGCAAGCGUCUAUUUUGUGAUCAUACUCUAAUAACCAAACUGGUGAUAACUCUUCUCAGGUUUAUUUUGAGGACUCGGCAAGAGAAAAGCUUUGUUUGGUGAAAAAUAGUAGCUGCCUGAAAGAUAUACUAUCGGACUUGAGGUGAGUCAUACAAGAUGUAUCAUUCACGUUUGCCGGGUAUCAGAGCUAAAAAACACUAGAAUACUGCUAAAUCUUGGCUGUACAUAUGGAAAGCAUGUCUGUAAUACAGGUUAAAAAAGAGGAAAACAUUUAAGUUAGCGAGCGAUCCAGGAAACUUAUCAUAAUGGAUUUAUCCCAGUUUCAAUACCGCAUGGAAAAAUGUCACAAAGGCAAUGCCUUCGCCGCUUUUUUUCAUCAAGAAUUUUCGAGAGAGGUUAACAGGGCUUUUUGCAAGAAGGAAGAUUUUUGGAUUAUAGGCUCUUUUUAUGGAAGGUCUCUUUUAUUUCCAAAGAGGAUAUUUUAUCUCUCUUUUUUGGUUAAUCACCUCAGUAAUUUUUCUUUGGUUUUCCCGAUGGUUAGGUUUGUGGUAAAACAGAGAACACCGUCGUUUAUUAUCCUAAGUAAAGAGUCUUCAUUCUGGACAACUUUCCUCCAGCGAUGUCAAGUUGAGCGAUGACACGUGCAUUCGGUACAACGUCGGGUCUACGUCCGUAGCACCCCAAGGUACUUCGAGGAGAUGCCGAAGGGUCUCCGAUUCAAGUUGUCGA